AUGUCAAUUCAAUUCCAGAAACUAAAAAUCCUCAUCGACACUGCCGUAUGUGAUCUUAAAAUUAGACACAGACCUUUUGUUUCUAAAUUACUACACCAGAGGAGGACAAUGGAGAGAUACCUUGCCAGAAUAGAGAACUAUGAAUGCAUAUCUGAAGAGUCAGCAAACAGGCCUGUUAAAUUCAUUCUUUCUAUAAAGAAAACUAUUGUAUCCAACAUAAAGAAUACCCCCAACUUUACGCAACACCCUCUGGUCACUGAGACUGAUGAAAGCGACAUGGCGAAGAAUGUGAUUGAGUUACUGAAGGGAAUCCAAAUCGUAGAGAAGCAAAAAAGAAAUGUAAAAAAUGAUAGGGUGCUGAAAAUGAUGUCCGCACCCGUAUAUCACAGGUGUAUCAGAGUUAUAGGCAUUAGGGGUGUAUUACACCUUUCCUGUGUCACAUUAGAUCGGAUCUGGAUCAGUGACUGGAAUAACAAGCUUAUAUUAUCAAACAAAGCCGGUGAAUAUCUCAAACAAAUUAAAGAUAUACAAGGCAGUGUAUGGGGAGCACACACAUUGAACACUACAGGUGAUCUUAUCUAUAUAGAUAGGGAUUAUAACAUUAAUAAACUAUCUAAAGAUAUCAGAACAGGGUCAACACUCAUAAAGAAAACAGUAACAUGGACACCACAGUGUGUCCACUGCUCCACCUCCAAUGGAGAUCUACUGAUCGGGAUGUGGCAUACAUAUAAUUACAGAAAAGCGAAGAUAAACCGCUAUAAUCAAACAGGGCAACACUUACAAACUACACAACACAACAAAUCAGGUCAGGAACUUUAUAGCGAACCUAAAUACAUCACAGAGAACCGCAAUGGAGAUGUUAUUGUCUCUGAUGAUUACCGAGGUGUAGUGGUGACAGACGGUGGAGGAAGUCAUCGCUUUUUCUACACAGGACCUCCAUCAGGAUCACGAAUACAUCCACGUGGAGUCUGCACUGACGCUCUGUCAAACAUUCUGGUAUGUGAUGUUCACACCGACACAGUGCAGAUGAUUGACAAGGAUGGUAACUUCCUAACACUGAUUCGGACACAACAACAAGAAAUAUACAAACCACGGGGUAUAGGCUAUGAUGAAAAAACUCACCAUCUGUUGGUUGGAUCAUUGAAUUUCAACAGAUUGUGCGUAUAUAGAUAUUUAGAAAGGCGGUAA